GCGGCCGCGCUCCGCCCCACUCAGCGCCUACUUGCUCACGCGAAUGGCUGCGCCUGACGAAGAGUUCCGAGUCAAGUCGCUCACGUGGCACGGCCGUGACACCUACAUGCUCAUGCAGGGCGACAACGGCCCCUGCCCGCUCCUCGCGCUGUGCAACGUCCUCCUCCUCCGGAAUUCCAUCGCACUGCCGCGGCCGGGCGCACCGAACGUGGCGCAGUCAGAGCUGACGGCGCUGCUGGCCGAGUACAUGCUCGAGAGCAAUCCCGUGACGGAGGCCUCGCCCCCUGACCUCGCGGCCAAUCUGACCGACGCCAUGGCGCUCUUCCCGAAGCUCGGCCGCGGGCUCGACGUCAACGUGCGCUUUGACGCCGUGGACGGGCUGGAGUACUCGGAGGACCUGCUCAUCUUCGACCUGCUGCGGGUGAGGCUGCUGCACGGCUGGCUCGUCGACCCGCAGGACACCGCGACUGCCGCCGCCGUCGGCUCGCGCUCGUACAACCAGCUGGUCGAGCGCAUCAUCGAGAUCCAAUCGCUCACACAAGCGAACGCUGCCGCCGAGCCGGACGCGCCUCCGCCUCCGCCUCCCGAGGCUGCAGCACCCUACCCUGGGGCAGACCCGUUCCCUGCGGCAGACCCGAUCCCUGCGGCGGGCGGCGCGGCGGCGGCGGCGGAGGCCCCGCAAGGGACGGACGCUGACUGCUCCGAGGACGAGGAGAUGCGGCAGGCCAUGCAGCUCAGCCUCGGGCUCGCCUCGCCGCCGCCCUCGCCGCCGCCCUCUCCAGCGGCGGCGGACCCCUUCCCCUCGCCAGCGCAGCCCGCGCUGCGCCGCUCCGACUCGAUGGCGGUGCGAGAGGCGCUGCUGCUCACCGAGUGGCUCAACGGCUCCGCCUCCCAGCUCUCAUACCACGGGCUCGUGCAGCUGCACGCUUCCCUCGCUGAGGCCGAGCUCGCCGUCUUCUUCCGCAACAACCACUUUGCAACCAUCACGAAGCACGGCGGCGAGCUCUACCUCCUCGCCACCGACGUCGGCUUCGCGCGCGAGCCGCUCGUCGUGUGGGAGAGGCUCAACCAGAUCGACGGCGACUCGACGCUCUGCACGAGCGAGUUCGAGCGCGUCGAGGAGUCGCUCACCACCACCGCCACCGAGGAGGCGGCCGCCGCCGCAAUCGCCGCCGACAUCGCCGAGGCGGAGGCGCGCGAGGCGGCGGGCUUGGGCCCAGCGCAGGACGAGGCGUCCGACAUGGCUCUGGCGAUCCAGCUGCAGCGGGAGGAGGAGGAGCAGGCGCAGCUGGCCGAGCAGCAGAUGCAGCAGAUGCAGCUCCAGCGGGAGCAGGCGCUGGCGGCGCAGCAGGGCUAUGGCCCUGCGGGACCCGCGCCGGCGUACCCUGGCCAGCCGUACAGGCAACAGCAGCAGCAGCAGCAACCGCCGCAGCAGCAGCAGCGCGGGAAUUGCUUGCUGCAGUGAGGAAUGCGUCGAUACAGGAGGCGCCCGCCUCGUCUAGUUGCGGUGAGUAUGCCGUCGGCGUUGGUCCGGCUCCCCGCGGUAUGUGUUCCGGCGCCGUCGCCCCGGCGUCGGCCCGCGCGCAGUGGCCAAUCUUUCAUGUGCAAGGCACUAAAUGAAAUUGC